AUGCUUGUUGCAAUGCGUUCAAGGAAAAGAUUCGGCGAAACGGUAUCUGUGGAUGAUGCCAUAUUCUCGUGUGAUAUUGUCAAGGAGUUUUUUCGUAGACUCCAAAAUGCAAGUGUACCAGUUGGCGUACGUUCCAUGUUCGCCAAGGCCAUCCUGUCGUUUUACAGGUUCCUUCAAGAAAACAUAGGCACAGCUGCUGGAAUUGAUCGGAUUAACGGGAUCCAGCAAGCAGUAGCACUUGCUGAGCGUGAAGUGAACAGAUUGAAAAAUGAGAACGAAAUGUUGAGCACAUUCAGUGGGAUUUCUGCUGAAAGAAGAUUGCAGGAGCUGGAGCGAUACUGUGCAGUGAGAGCAAUCGUGAAAUCGAAGCGCAUAGAUGAAAGAGUAGCAUAUAUGGUGCAAGCAUUCAAUGAAAACGGAUCCAUAAACCAUUAUAAUUACAACUAUUGCUAUCAUGGCGUAUUUGGUGCACUGCAACGCCGCACGAAACGAGCUUUGUUACAAGACUCGUUAUGGCAACAUGUGUGGAGCCGGCGAAGGAUGCAGCGGACUAGAACCGGUGGAACACCAACAUAUCUUGAGAUCGGAGCAAUUUUGAGAUGUGGAAGUGUUGCAAUUAGUUGUAAUCUGACAAGGCGUAGUGUUGCUCGUAUGGAGUACGAGAAGUAUAUGGAAGAGAAGAUGAAAACCUUCAGGCCUAUUGCGGAUCCGCACAUCGCCAGGCUGCAGUCUCACCGGCAAAGGACACAGGAGGAGAUUUAUGUGGAGCGAUAUCAAAAGUCCUGUGUGUAUGGGUAUGUGAAGUUGAGGGCGCUCGCUAAAGAGGAGUCCAAGAAGAAUGACACGAUCAAAGCGCGUGUCGCAGAAGUGAAGCGGAUGGUGAAAGCAUCCUACUUGACCGGCCCUGAAUUGGAGCAAGCACGGAAUGUGAUCAGAAUCGACGACGAGGAUACGUCUGAGUUUAGCGAAGAAAGCUUGGAUGAUGCUGUAGGCGAUUAUCGAGAUUUGGCUGGACUGAGUGAAUCAGAUGCUGACCAGCCUUCAACAUCCACAGGGUUGCGUGCCAGCAAGCGAAAGAAGAUUGAGCAGAACAGGCGAUGA